AUGGAGUCCCAAGAACCUAAGGCACCCAAUCCCCUCGAUCUCGAACGCAAUGAGCACCAGUUCCUCAUGAACAGUACUGUUCAGUCCUUUACGUGGGACAAUUUGGCCGUGACGGUGAAAGAUAGACGCACAAAGGAGCCUCGCAAUCUAAUCGAGGGCUGCAGCGGAACUGCCCAACAUGGCCAGCUAAUCGCGCUGAUGGGCCCCUCCGGCUGCGGAAAGACCACCCUUUUGAACGUCCUUGCGCGCCGUACCGCUUCGUCUGGUGCGAAAAACGCAGGAGAAUGCUAUGUGAAUGGAACGAAGCUGGACAAUGAUACAUUUAACCGGAUUACGUCUUACGUCGAGCAGGAGGAUGCGUUGAUCGGGUCGCUGACGGUGCAGGAAACAUUGAAGUUUGCCGCGGACUUAUCCUUGCCUGGGUCGGUGACCAGAUCCCAAAGAACGGAUCGCAUCCAAGCCCUCCUCAGCGCGUUCGGAAUCCAGAACCAAGCAUCCACACUUGUGGGCACGCCGAUCCGUAAAGGAAUCAGUGGAGGUCAAAAACGGCGAGUCAGUGUGGCCAGUCAGCUUAUCACUUGUCCGAAGAUCCUGUUUUUGGACGAGCCGACGAGCGGAUUGGACUCGACUGCCAGUUACGAGGUCAUCUCAUAUGUGAAGAAGCUGGCGAUAGCAAAUAAUUAUAGGGCUGACACAUCAAUCCUACAGCUCAUCAUUAUAGCCAGUAUCCACCAACCAUCCACGAACACAUUCCAGCUUUUCAAUAAUCUCCUCCUUCUCUCCGGCGGAAAGACAUGUUACUUUGGACCAGUCUCCGAGGUCCCCUCCUACUUCGAAAAUAUCGGCUAUCCCGUCCCUCGACAUACGAAUCCCGCCGAAUACAUCCUAGACCUGAUUAGCUCCGACUUCACAGUCCACGGGGACCAAGUCGAGAAGAUACAAGGCGCAUGGAUACAGUCCCCAGAAUACGGCGCAUUAAGCAAGAAACUCCGGAGCACAGACAGCAACGGGAGGAGGAUCGACAUCGAAGAACUAGGUCGGCCAGGUAUCCCACGGAUCACAAUGUCACUCCUGCACCGGCUCUUCAUCAAGAGCUAUCGCGACGUCGUAGCGUACGGGAUUCGCAUCGUCAUGUAUAUGGGCCUAGCAAUCAUGAUGGGAACAGUCUGGCUCCGCCUCCACAACUCCCAAGAAUACAUCCAACCCUUUAUCAACGCAAUUUUCUUCGGCUCAGCCUUCAUGAGCUUCAUGGCUGUCGCCUACGUCCCGGCCUUCCUCGAAGACCGCGCAACCUUUACCAAAGAACGCGCCAACGGCCUGUACGGCGCCCUCCCCUUCGUAAUAUCAAACUUCAUUAUCGGCCUACCCUACCUCUUCCUAAUAUCCACCCUCUUCUCAGUAGUUAGCUACUGGCUCUCCAACUUCCGCCCAACAGCAACCGCCUUCUUCACCUGGAUAAUGUGGCUCUUCCUCGACCUCGUCGCGGCAGAAUCGCUAGUCGUCUUCGUAAGCGCCAUAUUCCCGAAUUUCGUGAUCAGUUUGGCGCUGGUGGCGUUCGCGAACGGGCUGUGGAUGAGCGUGGGCGGGUUCCUUGUUUCGCCGACGAUUUUAAACCCGUUCUGGAAAUAUGUCUUUCAUUAUAUUGAUUACCAGGCGUAUGUGUUCCAGGGGAUGAUGGUGAAUGAGUUUAGAGAGAGGGAGUUUUCGUGUGGGGAGGGCUGUCGGUGUAUGUAUCAGACGGAUUUGGCGGAGCAGUGUAUGAUUCGGGGUUCUGGGGUGUUGCACCAGUAUGGGUAUGCCACCGGUCGGACGGGGAAAUGGGUUGGCAUCUUGGUGGGCAUCAUUGCCGUGUAUCGUCUGUUUGGCUACAUUGCUUUGGUGUUACGGCGGACUUGA